UUGCGCGCCGCUCGGCUCGAACCGCGUGACGCGAACGUCACAGACCGUGACGAGGAAUGAACAGUGUAUUUCAAAGCGCGCGUGCAAUAAAAAAGGAAAAAAAGAAAAACGAUUGCAACAAUCACGCGUUUCCGUGAAGUGACAAGUGCGAUAAAGAUCCACGCGAAGUUGAUGGUAAAUUUGCGCCCGAGUCGCAGAGAACGAGUGGCCGGAGGAUCCUGCGAUCUCCGCAAAGGAUCGACGUUUUGGGAACAGAGAACAUUUCGCAGUGCUGAAGUCGAUCAAGGUGGACUUUGUGCCUGGUAUCGCGAAGACAAAGUUUUUUGAACGACGCAGUUUGCUCCAGCGACGAUCGCUCGAGCUUAUCGCUCGAUCUCUUUGCCGAUCGAACGUUGAAAGGAACCGCCUGGAGAGGACUGAUUACAUUAGCGUGUACUAUUGCCUUCGGAUUGCCACCGGAUGCACGCGCGUCAUCGGCUCUCAUCGAGAGAAACACCGCGGUUAUUUGCUUAUCAGCAGUUCCGCGGUUCGAUCGUGAGAGACAUCGCGUGGAAAAGCCUGGGAGAACAACAUCGGGAGAUAAAUGCGCAUGGAAAACAGUUUCUCUGCGAUAACGAGAAAAAUUGACAGCGACGUACGCGCGCAUGUGCCCGCCGCGUGAAAUAUUUCGCGCUGGAUCCCAUUGUUUCCAUUAUUCAAAUAAUCCGGCAGCGGCGUCGGAUUUACUCGCGAUAAUUGCGGAACGCGCGCUCCCCCGGGACGCCUGGCGUCGCGUCGCCUCCAUUCUUCUCCGGAUAUUCAGCGGAAGCGGCCAAUUUGGUCGCAACUCCGACGCACCUACUGAUGCGAUCGCUCGGCACGUGACCCCGCGGCGGCACGUGACGUAACGACGACGGGCGUCGCGACGCGUCUCGCCGAGGGAUCAUGCGGAGGCACCGUUUCGAUUAGCGCGUCCCGUGGAUCGUAGAGAAGAGGAGCGAGAGAAGCGAUGACCAUCGGUAGCUGAACCGCCGAUCGGGAAUCGCGCGGAAGCUGAUCGUGCGCAAGGAUCCGUUGGGGGGGAGGGGAUUAUUAUGUUAGGAACGGGAUUAUGCUUCCUGCUGAGGGUGCUGGUGCUGGCAGGGGCGGCCGUCGCGCUCCUGCCGGAGGAUCUGGAGGACUCCGCCGUCCCGGCCAGCCUUCAGGAGGAAUGCGCUUCCAAAUGCCCCAACCUGGACCUCACACAGAAUCGAACGGAUGACUUGAGCUCGGAGGUAGGAUGCGGCGUGAGAUGCAAGAUCGAUCAGUGUACGAAAGGCUGUGAAGCAUGGGAACAGGCGCUCGACACAAGCUGCCAAGCUGUUUGCAACGGAACGCAGGAAUUGUUACCGCCGAAGGAAUUGUAUUGCGUUUUGGGCUGCCACGAUGCAUUAAAUCGUUACUUUCAGCAGCUCAAAGCGGAAAUCGGCAUUCCACCGGCGCCGGCGUUGGUCGCGGAUUCGUUGACGGCGACGUCGCUCAGCCUCGAAUGGAAAGGCGUAGACAUAGACAGACGCGCUGGUGGCAUUUCGUACUUGGUGCAAUGGAGAUACGAAGAACUAGCUGAGACAUGGCAGUAUUGCCGGAAUCAAUCAUGGGGUGAAGGUGAUCAGAUACUGGUCGAGAACCUGCAACCGUACACUAAGUACAGGUUUCGCGUAGCGCUGCUCCUGAAAUCGUCUCAGCACAAUCCAGAGCCGAUCGUCUCAGCGCCGAGCGUGGUAAUAUUAACGCGCCCGACCGGUCUACCUACAUCAGCACCGGUAAUUGUAAGAGCGGCGGCGGUAGAUAGCUACCGCGUCUCUGUGUCUUGGGAACCAGGCCCAUUUCCGAACGGGCCACUUUUGUCCUAUGUCCUGCGUCUGCAAGGGGUUGAACACUCCCAGCUUAAGGAUAUUCCAGUCUCCGAGAACACCGAUCACUACAUGUUUCAAAACCUGAAACCUAAUCAGAAUUAUUCUGUCAGCGUGACUAUGAGAAACGGUGUCGGCGAGGGUCCCCCUGCAACUAUUUAUAUUUCUACGACCCCAGAACCUACCGUCAAGGACACUCAACAACCGAUUCUCAUCCUCGGUGGUGAGCACAUGGUCAUGAAGCAGGGCACCGAUAUGUUGGACGAGCCCAGCGUCAUAUAUGAGACUGAGAGUGUGAUCCGCGGAGUUGCGAUACACGUGGCGUCCGCUCAAUUAUUCGUUUCCACUUUGACGGGUUACGUAUAUCGAACUUCGAUCAUCGAGCGAUCCACGCCGAAGGCCAUUUUGAGCCCGGACGGAAUGAACUUCAAACCUUUAAGUCUUUCCGUCGACUGGCUGAAUCUUCAUCUGUACGUCUUGGGAGAAGUAAAACACACGAAGACGGUGUGGCAGAUAGCCAGAUGCAACUUGGAUGGCAAGAGUCUGACAGUGGCCAUAGCAGGAUUUUCAACCCGACCCUCGCAUAUCGAGGUCGAUCCUUACAACGGAUACCUCUUCUGGGUCACUAAAGCGGGACUGUUCAGAUUAGAUUUGGCCGACAUCAGCAACGGUAUAAAACACGAGGUUCAGCCAUAUUUAAUUCUCGAGGAUGCUCAUUUGGGUGCUUUUACGGUAGAUCAUACGAAUUUCCGAUUACUUGUUCCUCAUCACAUUAAGAACACAGUGAUAUCCGUAUCAUUGGAUGGUCGCGAAGUCGUUGAUCUUCGCUCCAACACACAGAAGCCAAAAUUCACUAACGUUGUUUCUCUGGCCAUGGCAAAUGGACUGUUUUACUGGACCAAUGGCGAUGAGGUUCUUACUGAAGGCUAUCAUGCUGGGCAAAACAGAUACUUCCACAAUUCCUAUCCUGACAAAUCCAACACCUCCUUCGUAACCGUGUUGAUGAAUGCAAAUCAGCCAGUUCCCGUCCCGGUGAAUCCACCCACCGGAGUGCAAGCUGUUCUUGGGGCGGAGAGGGCAAAGGUUUCGUGGCAAGCUCCUCAUUUAUUGGGUGGCCAGGGAAAAGGCGCCUGGCAAAACUGGUCAUACGAACUCGAGAUCAAGGACGAGACUACUGGCGAAACUAUCCAUCAGAAAGGUAUCGCCGGAUCGUCUCACACCGUUCAUAAUUUGCGAGAAAGAACGGAGUACUCGAUCAAAGCCGCGGCUUACACGAGCGCCGGCAGAGGACCGUGGUCCACAGAGUUCCGGGGGCGAACCUUAAGAUAUGGUUCGCAUGCAUCUAUCUUGUGGUCGUCGAACGAAGGAAUUUUGAGAAGCGAUGUAACCGGCGAAAAUAUCGACACGCUAGUUAACAAAGCAAUUCUGAAGGAAUCCGAGGACGAAUUUCAUAUCGUCGAUGUUAGUUGGUACAAGGACGUGUUGUAUAUAGUGGGAAAUAAUUCCGCGCUGUAUCGUUACAAUGUCAGCAAUCAUCAGAAGACCAAGCUCAAUAUACAUUCGGUGGGAAGCGUCGCCGUGGACUGGAUAUCGAAGAAGCUAUAUUGGGCAAAUCCAAAACAGCAAAUUAUAACAAGAGCGAACCUAAACGGAUCUCAGCAAGAACCGAUGUCUAUCUUAGCAAUUGUAAAAGAGCUCAUGAUCGACUCUCUCGAGGCUUAUUUGUAUUGGUCCACUGGUCAUGCCGUGGAAGUUGCGCGAUUGAACGGACAAGACAGGAGAUACUAUCAUUUGGAUGAAAUUUUCAAUGGCAAGCAAGUGAUGGGAUUAACUCUUGACACCGAAAAUAGAUAUGUCUAUUGGAUUGUUCGAAGCUACGAAAGCGGAUCCAUCGUCUAUCGUGCACCUACGUCCGAAAGAAUUCCAAUGAGUGAUAAAAUCAUUCCGGAAAAGAUUUCUGCUUUGCAACAUCCAAAUAUGCAAGGACCUUUGUGCUAUUUUUCCGAACACCUGCUGUGGCUGCAAGACGACAGAAACGCGGUGAUUGGUGAUCUCUUCGGUCAGAACACUGCUGUAAUCAACGGGAUUACUGUGUCCGGCUUGUAUAUGGUGGCUGUUAUGGAUCCUGCGCUUCAUCAAUACCCGAAAAAUUUGACGUCGGAAACCGUGGUGGUUCUGCCGAAUGCAGUCGAUUUCGAGAGCAUAAGAGUUGAAGGGACGUGGAGGAACUUCAACAUAUCAUGGGAUCCCGUGAAGAAUAUCAACUACGGAACGGUGUUUUACGAAGUAAAAUUCGCGGAUUACAUUAAUACAAGUUCAAACCCGGAAAUCACGACUGAAACGACAAUGCCCUACAACAACUCAGAUCAGAUUCUGCCAUAUUCCGUCCUGGAAGUUACCGUGAAGGCAUUUACUUAUUGGGAAACGGCGCCCCAUUCUCGGAAAAUCUUGAGAUCGCCACAGAGCGUGCCUACCCAGCCAACAUCUCCUAGAGCAUUCGUGGAAUUUUACAAACAAGUACUAAGCAACAACGUCGACAUUUUUGUGAUAUUUAGAUGGGAUAAACCCGAGUUUACAAAUGGAGUAAUUCAAGGAUACAUGGUCCAGUGUUGGUUCAUAGAGAACCAGAAGAGAGUAUCAAUCUGCGACGACUGCAGCAUCCCAGCUACGGAACGAAAAUUCACAGUGCACAAUCUGAGAUCCGACACGACUUAUUACUUCAAAGUACGAGCGCAUACUGAGAUUGGUGCUGGUCCUUAUACAGAUCCAAUCAACGUGUCGACCACAUAUGAAAAUCCGGUGCCAGAAUUAUUGGUCGCCACGGCGGACGCUGUGAAGAUAUCAGAUCUAGACAGAGAAAUCAAUUACACGCUCACCAGGCAUAUCGCGACAGAGGUCAAUUACCUGACGGCGGAGAAUAAAAUCUACUGGAUCAGCGAGAUGCGGGAGCUGGUGACAUCAGAGAUGAAUGGAGCCAAUGCAACGAAAAUACUCGCUCUAAAUAAUACUGCGCACAGCCUCUGCAUCGAUUGGGUAGCAAGAAAUUUGUAUUGGGUAGAACAAGAAUAUAGCAAGGAUGAGCCUUGGACAAUCAGCAGCAGCUACAUCAUGAGAUUAGAUUUAACAAUGUGGCAAGCAGGGAUAGUAAAAUAUGACAAUAUCUUAAGGAGAGGAGGACGUAUUCCGAUUUUAGAUAUGCUGCCGUCUCUAGGAUCUUUAUAUUGGAUUGAAGCGAAUGAAGCAAAUACGAUAAUGCAGUCGGAUCUCGAGGGAAAAAAUGUACAAUACUUUUUCAGAAACAAUGAUAGCACGUGUACCUGUCCAUAUAAGCCAUCACAAAUAUCCACACUGACAAUUGACAAAACCAAUAUUCAAAAACCGAUGAUGUAUUGGAUAUCGGACGGGCACUUAAAUGUAGCUGAUAUUUUUGGUUGUGCGUGCAAUGUAGUAUUAAGGGCAAGUUUCAAAACAGCGACUCUGACAGCGUUUCUCACGGUUGACAAAAUGAAUAUUUACUGGUCCAACGAAACAAAGGACCAAAUCUAUUUUUUGAAAAAGGAGCAUUUCUUCUUGGCGGACAAGGAAAACGCAUCUACACCGACGGUGAAAAGCUUUUACCUGCCUAACGUACAUCGGAUCAGAGCCUUGGGUAAAUCUUUGCAACCUUAUCCCAGCGCGAAGUGCCUGAUACCCCGUCAAACGAGCUACUACGUGAAGAGAGUGAGCGAAACAGCGAACAGUAUCGUCGUCAGUCUUCCGGAACCGCAUCCUGAAUACGGAUGUCAGAAGUAUAAUUUACCCACCACGCAGUACACCAUCCACGUAUCUCACUGUUCAAAGAAUGAACCCAAUAUGUGCGAGGAGAUUAGGGUGCAGACAUACAAGAGGCAUCAUGAGAUCCAGGAUUUAAAGCCAUUCACGGAAUAUAGGUUGAAGCUGGCACUGAGCAAUUUCUAUGCCGAUCUGCUAUCGAUGAAACCGGAAUUCGGCACAGACGUGGUGCUGAAGACUAGUGUGGGCAAACCCAGUAUGCCGGAGAACGUUACGGUUCAAGUUCUAACGCCGACGAAUCUAGCGGUCUAUUGGAGACCACCCAAGUUGCUAAACUCCGCGGUGGUGCAUUACGAGGUGCACUGGAGAUCAAUUUUAUUGCAGAAUGAUGUGCGGCAGAAGGGCGAACAAUUGAUCAAGGAACCUGAGCGCGCGGAAGACGGCAGGUUUUUCACAACGUUGCAAUCGUUGUUGCCAGGACAGGAAUAUAUAGUGUACGUACGCGUAUAUCCCGCCAAUUCCAACGACUUCUACAACGAAAGUCCCAACAACGAAAGUCCCAGCCAACGUAUCCGCAUGUACUCGGAACCGAACAACUUGACGAUGGAGGGUGUUAGCGUAAACAGCAUGAACAUCUCUUGGAUCCCGAGUGUUAACUUGACUAAACAUUACCUAUUGGAAUACAAGGACGUUGCGAUGGAAGAGUGGCAAAUCGCGCGACACGUUGUAGUGAACGAGAAUCAAGUGAUGUAUCGUAUAGAAGGCUUGCAGCCGCGUACUUUGUACAAGUUUCGCUUGAAACUGAGAUAUCCCAAGUAUAAGGGGAACUUUAUAUGGCCGCCUGAUGGGAGAUUUACAUUCCAAACGCUCGGUGACGUUCCGAGCGCUCCGGGGGUACCUAUGGUAACGAGAUUCCGAAAUUCAGUGUAUCAAUUAAACUGGGAACCCGCACAAGCUCACGGCUCGCAGGUGACUUUAUAUCGACUGGAAGGUUUAGUCGUCGAUGACAGUAACAAGCAAGAUGAUGAAAAUAGCCAAAACGAACAAUGGAACUUAUAUUACAACGGAACAGAUAGUUACUGGAUAAUUCCUGGGGACGUGGAUCAGAAAUACCAGUUUCGAGUGCGAGCCAAAAAUGCCUACGGUUUUGGUGCUUGGAGUAGAUCGAGCGAGGUCGUUGAUCUAACGGAGUCUGCCGGAGGAAUAUUGGCUGCGCAACAACAUCUACCGCUGAUGCUGGGCCUCAUCGCAAUCUUUAUUGUUACAAUGCUGGCAUGCUUUAGCUAUUUUUUCUGCCUAUACCGACAGAGGAAAGAAGACAAGAAGACAGUGCCUCCGACAGAAUCCGAUAACGAAUUAGUGACCCUCCGCCAGAUUCCUCGCUCAAUCCCUCGCAACUUCGUUCGAUCUAACGCGCUUUACCUGCAAACUACCCACGCUUCUACGCUGCCAAAUGAUCCGGAUGAUUCUGCAUUGCCCAAAAUCAGACAAGAGCAAAUUACACUGACAAAGUUCCUAGGCAGCGGUGCAUUUGGAAAGGUAUUUCAAGGAAAUGCCAAAGAUUUAGAAGGACCGGGCAUAACGCCUGUCGCCAUAAAGAUGCUACGAAAGGAUGCGUCUUCGCAAGAAAAGACGGAAUUCUUACAAGAGGCCAGGCUCAUGAGUCAUUUUCAUCAUAAACAUGUGCUGAGGUUACUAGGCGUCUGCUUGGAUACGGAUCCUCCGUUACUCGUGCUAGAGUUAAUGGAGGCUGGUGACUUGUUAAGUUAUUUGCGGGAGAGCCGAUCCUUGCAACCCACAGAUUCGAACGCACUGCGUCUGCAAGAUUUGCUCGGCAUGUGCGAGGAUGUCGCGCGAGGCUGUCGCUACCUGGAAGAGAAGCAUUUCGUACACAGAGAUCUUGCGUGUCGAAAUUGUUUGGUGUCAGCGAGAGAUCGCGAGAACCGCGUUGUAAAAAUCGGCGACUUCGGACUAGCCAGAGAUAUUUAUAAGAAUGAUUAUUAUCGCAAGGAAGGAGAGGGUCUACUCCCUGUUCGCUGGAUGGCACCGGAAUCUCUAGUGGACGGGGUAUUCACUUCACAGAGCGAUGUUUGGGCGUUUGGGGUGCUAAUGUGGGAAAUUACGUCGUUGGGUCAGCAACCCUAUCCCGCCAGGACCAAUAUCGAAGUAUUGCAUUACGUGCGUGCGGGAGGAAGGCUGCCGAAACCUCUCAACUGCCCACCGACGUUACACCAAUUGAUGCUGCGUUGCUGGAGCGCAGCGGAUGCCAGGCCGAGCUUUAAAAUUUGUCUCGAAAGCAUCGUCGUCCUGAGAAGUCACAUUGAAGACGCGGUGCUGAGCCCGGUACACGCUGGGCAUUAUCUAGCACGCAGAGGCGUGUCUAACAUGGCUUACUUUGCUGACGAGAAUCAGAAUCAUAAUAAUUCAGGAAACUCUUGGAAGUCCAGUAGUUCCGAAGGAAGCCGAGACAUGCAACCUUUCCUACAAAACUCGAACAACGCCACGCUCGGCGCGCAAUCCGGUGAGGCUCCCAAGUACCUAGAAUUAUUAGCAGACAACGAAGAUAUUGUCUUGAGGGAGAAUCCUGCGAAUGGUUACGAAGUACCUCGCUCGAUCCACAUCUCGGAUCAGAACCUGGCAAAUAUAAGUAAGGUCAAUUGCACGAGUCACGAUCGCAAGAGCAGCCUACCUACGGAGACCACGGCAGAGCGCAAAGAACGUUCGACGGAAGAACAGAAGCAGUCUGACAGAAAGCUGUACAAAAGAUCGUCGAUCGCUAGUCUAAACUUACCGGAUCGAAAGGGCACGUCGAUUUCGGGGAUGCCGGAGAAAUGUAACACUUUGGACAGUUCGAAAUCGAUGAACUCGAUCGCAAAAGUCGCGACUCUGAAAAGGGACUCCUUCUCGUCUUUGAACGGCCAGCGGAAGUACAAGACCAGCUUGAGCGAGCGAAGGGACUCCAGGGCGAGCAUUGAGGACAAAAGUUGCAGCUCGCACAGCCUGGCGCCGUCCACGCGUCCCAGUUCAUCCCUGAUCAACUCGCAGACGGUCUUACCGUGCCUGAAGAGCAACAUUGUCGCCGUGAAUGGGGAAGUGCCUUCGAGCGAGAGCGCGACAAAGAACACGUUGCCAAAGGUCCAGAGGACUCAUUCGAACUUGCAGAACAGCAAGGCAAAUAUACCGCUCGUGAUAAACAGCGCGUUGCUGAAUCUACUACGGCAGACACCCGUCGUCGAAGACGGCAGCAAUAUCGUCACAUAUACAAAUAUAAACGCGGAUGCUGUCAGAGUGAAUGGAUCGUGAAUUGUCGAUCGUGGCAGAUCUAAAGAUUCGUACGAACGCUUCGUGUAAAGAUAAGCGAAAUUCAUACGAAUCGCUUCUGAGCUUGAAUGACGUAAAUAGAGGCAAUUAAAUAUUUUAAUAUUUAUAAAAUGAUAAUAGAUUUCUACGUCACUCACAUAUUAUUUUUGACGCAAUUUUUUUUAAUGUUCACAUAAUAAAUCUAUUCUUUUCCAGAAAUUAUUCAGAUGGAUUUGUCUUGUAGCUUAUAAAAUAUUAGAGAACUUGAGACACACUACGAUUUUGCUCAAAUUUUUUGUUUUUUUUUCUUUUUUAUAUUAAUGCGGUGCCUUAAAUAUAUACACUCAUAUAUUGCGCUCUGCUUAUAUCAUUAAUGUUCAAAUAUUUCAUAUGUGAAGAAGAUAGAGAGGAACGGUAUUGAGGAUAGCUUUAAAACUGCCAUUUUAAUGUACAUACAUGAACUUUUAUACUCCAAAAUUUGUCACGCAAAUAUGGCAGAUCAUUUCGGAACAUAAAAAUUUUGCAACUUUAGUAAUAAACGCGAAACUGUUAUUUAAUGUAAAAAUAAUACGUUUAUAGAGAAUAAUAAAUGUGAAAUAUAUGUGAG